UUGGAAUGGACUCGGUGGGUCGAAGGGCCUGUUUACGCACUGUAUUUCUGAAGACUAAAGUUUAAACUGAGGCAGCUGUUGCUGAGUGUGUGACAAACAGUGAUAGGAAAUCCAUUGAGGGUGACAACUACCUAAUGAAAAAUCCUCCUCUGCAUUUAGUUAUCCCUCGCCUCUACUGAUGGCCAAGUUGCAGUUGGUGCAUUAGUGUAUCUCUCACUGUGUCCCUUCUCUUUCUCAACACCCCAGAAGCUGCAUGUUCUUCCUUUCACACAUACAAGAACUGAGCAGGCACUGCUCAGGAAGAUAGCAUUUCUGAUUCUACAGUCACCUCAAACCACCGUCCUAUUGUGUGGUAGGAACUGAUCCAUUGGAACCAACAUCCAAACAAGGAGAAUGUGAAGCAGGCCUUUGUAGCCUUUAUCAACUUGCUUAUUACUUGAUUGUAACAGAAUUGUGGACAAUCUUUUGUAAAAUCUAGGUUCCUUUUCUAAAAAUUCACAACAUAAAGAAUGCAUCUAAAUAGUAUCAAGGACAAGAAAUAUUUUCUGGAAGAAAAAUUGAAUUUUCUAUCUCAAAUUACAUCAGAAAUAACAUCUGAAGAAGGGUCUCGAGCCGAAACGUCGCCUAUUUGAUUCGCUCGAUAGAUGCUGCCUCACCCGCUGAGUUUCUCCAGCAUUUUGUCUACCUCAGAAAUAACAUGGUUUUUCAUUCUCAUUUAAAAAGUCUGUUUGCCCCCCCCCCCCACCCCAAAACCAAACCGUUCAUAAAAUAUAACUUACAUUGGCCGGAUGUGCACAGAUGUCAUUGUUUCUAAAUUACUUAAACAAAAAUUAAGUGUUUCCUGUGAUGGAAAACCAUUGUGUAAAAAUCUGGGCUUGUCAGCAGAAAGUUCAAAUGGCAAGAAACACAUUGUCGGUGUGAGAAGCUUUAAGUCCUGGAGAGAUGGCGCUUGAAUGUUGGAAUAUGUUAUUGAUACUUUUAAUACUGGGUUUUGUAAGGCAUACAGCUAUGCUUUCUUUGCGUCAACAGGCUGAGUUGUUAAUGAAAAAUACUUCACUGAUUGAUGGGCACAAUGACCUUCCGUGGCAGCUGAUGAAGAGGGUGAGUAACAAUCUUUCUGCUGUGGACCUCAACACGUGGAAUGUUACUCAGACCAACCUGCAGAAGCUCCGGGCCGGUUUGGUUGGCGCUCAGUUCUGGGUUGCCUUUGUGCCAUGUGCUGCACAGAACAAAGAUGCAGUCCGCCAAAUCUUGGAACAAAUAGACGUGAUAAAGAGAAUGAUAGAGAUGUUCCCGGACGAUUUUCAUCAUGCAACAACAGCGGAUGGAAUCGUACAAGUAUUUCGUAGUGGUAAAAUAGCCAGCCUUAUCGGUGUGGAAGGUGGCCAUGGAAUCGACAGUAGUCUAGCAACUUUGAGAAUGUUCUAUGAUCUUGGAGUCCGUUACCUGACAUUAACGCAUGCCUGCAACACACCAUGGGCAGAUACCAGUAGAGUGGACAGUGGCCAUGUGAAGUCUGGCGUCCAAGGAUUGUCCCAUUUUGGAAAAGAAGUUGUGAAAGAAAUGAAUCGUCUGGGAAUGUUAGUUGAUCUGUCCCACGUCUCCAAGGAUACGGCUCUGGCCGCACUGGAAGUAUCAGCCGCUCCCGUCAUUUUCAGCCAUUCCUCCGCAUUUACUCUGUGCAACCACACCAGGAAUGUCCAGGAUCAUGUUCUACGUAAACUGGCAAACAAUUCAGGGAUUGUGAUGGUAAAUUUUUACCCCAAGUUUAUUUCUUGUGAAGAAAUUGCUACCUUAUCCCAAGUGGCAGAUCAUCUUGAUCACAUUAGAAGUGUUGCUGGUGCAGAUUGUGUGGGCAUUGGCAGUGACUUUGACGGCUUUGAAAGGGGACCUGUUGGUCUGGAAGAUGUUUCAAAAUAUCCCGAUUUGAUUGUCGAGCUUCUUUGGCGUAACUGGACAGAAAAUGACAUUAAAAAGCUGCUUGGUUUAAACAUCUUACGAGUCUUUAAGAAAGCUGAAGAAGUAAGCAUGCAGCUUCAGAAAACCACCCAGCCAUCAAACGCCGUCAUUUCUCAGGAUAAGGUGCAGAGUACAUGCAGAACAAUUCUCGGGUCUCCUGCAGCCCCGCUCUGCACCAGUCACAUUACCAACACAGUCAUGCUCGUUGUUUCUUUACUAAUCAUAACACUGUACUAAAUACAAUAUUAUAAAUGGAUUAACAUACAGAGGACUCGUAUAAUCACCAAUAGAAGAUUCUACUCUUAAUCACAUCUACUCUUAACAUGUUCCUUGAAUUACUGUAUAUAUCUGCAAGCACAAACUUCCCAAUCUACACUUAGAUGAAAAAUAGGUUUAUUUUCAUGGCCAUUUAAGACUGCUAUGUACCUCUUGAUUGAGCUUUCAUUUUAUAAUAUGCUAGGGUCUUGUGGACAGUGAUAGUCUUUAUUCAGCCAGGAGAAUUUCUGUACACACAUUUUGCAAUGUUCUGUGAAAUGUUGACAACGGAUGAUGCAACAUAUUAAUGUACAAAUAUAUGUAAUCAUUCAUUCAAAUUUAUAUAAACUACCAAAGAAGA